AUUUUUCAGUCUUCACUCAGCAGUCAUCAUCAUCCUUUUCCUUUGACUGAAGGACGCCUAUGCAGGGUUGUUGAGCUGAGGAGAUUUCAUUCUUCCUUACAAGAAAGCAUUCUGGUUUCAUGAUUGUUUCCUUCGACGUUUGUGGUAAGCAUACUGUGACGGCGCGGUAGACGUUCGCUUGGAUGUCUUAGAUAUCCUCUGAGGCGAAAGGCAUGGAUGUCAUCGGAAAUUGGAUUUGAACAUAGAAUACAGUACAGCCCUGCAGUUUAUAAUCAGAGCGACUCGGUCUCUUUCCGGAUUGUGGUGGAUACGCGGUCCCAGCAAUGGCAGCCAUCCUUGCUGGUGAGGUAACCAAAGACCUCGUCGUUCGCGACGAGUGCAUGUGGUCAGACGACCUCACAACUUGGCAACCGAGAUUCUUCGUGUUGCGCAAAAGUCAAGUGGGUGGAUUCGAGAUUGCCUACUUCAAGGAUGGAACGAUGUCUGUCCUGGCAGGCAUGAUAUUGACAUUGGAUGUAAAGGAGGUGAAAAUCAAGGAGUUUCCUGAUCAUCCACACGUGCUGACAUUUGAGACACGGCGAGGUCGACUAUUCGGAUUCUCCUUCAGGGAUAGAGAGCUGCUGCAGAAAGUUGGCACGUGUCUGCCUCUCCCCAUUGUAGGCUUGAAGACAGGAAUACUAGAUGCCAAGGAUAGAUCAAAAAUGCUUGGCAGCGUCUUCAAGCAGACAUUUUCACAAGAUAGGCCACCUAUGUUACAACGAGCAGCAGCAAUUGAUAGACCAACUGCUCCGCUGAAGCAAUUCACUUUACCAGACAAUGCAACAGCUCCACCGAAACCAUCUUCGACAAAAGCACCUUCAGUAGAAAAAACACCUUCAACAAAACCAUCUUCAGUAGAAAAACCAACAAAACCAUCUUCAAUAGAAAAAACAUCUUCAACAAAAUCGUCUUCAGUGGAAAAAUCUGCAAGGCCGGCUUCCCUGGAAAGGGCACCAAAGCUACCGCCGUCUUCGCAAGACCUGCCUACACCAACACACCCAUCUGGCCCUCUGGAUAAAUCUGUCAACCUGACCAAUUCAGCUGGUGUUCCCAGACCUGCAAUACCAACAAAAAAGAAAGAAACAAAGCCGCCAGCCCCAAUCCCAAAGGAUUACUCUUCCGACGGGAAUGGCGUACCGGCACCAGGGGAUGAUGCGCCCCCUCCUCUUCCUGCAAGCCGAAGGCAAUCUGAGCAGCUUGAGCCUGUCAGUGAACCCCCUCCGCUGCCACCAUCAAAUCGAAGGCAAUCUGAAAAGGGCGAAAGUGACGUGGCUCCUCCUCUACCUCUUACUAGGACACAGGGCCGCAGAAGAUCUCACAUGGACCCGAGCCUUCCUCAGCCCUUGAGUCGACAGCAGUCAUUGAAGAAGAGAACCGUGAAACCUCUAGAGACCAAGACCGCAUCAAUGCCAGUUAUUCCGCUGAGUGAAAUAAGUGCCGUGGAUGCAGCAUUUACAGAAGCCUCACCUAAACCUGCAGCCCGUACUCUUUUCCACGUGGAUGAUAUCACACUGGAGCUGUCUGAAUCUGAAGAGACCCUAACGAUCAUCGGAGAAAACAAUGAACGCUUCCAGGAGGAGGUUUUGCCCUUUCUCGACGCAACCAGUAUCAAGCUGGGAAUCUUUGCAACCAAGGUCAAGUUCUCCCAGCUUGCGGAGAUCUUUAUACAGCGCAACUGGGACCUCACUACUUGCAAUAUAUUCAAGGAGAAUGCCGUGCGGUGUUCUUUCACAACGCGGUGGGGUGACAAGAUCUUGCAGAGGAUUAAGUACCUGGAUGACACAAAUGCUAAACGGGAACUUAUGGAAUGCCUGCAAAUUUUAAAACUGUCGCUGGACUUAAAUUCCAUGGCGUAGUAAGUGCUCGAAAUCACUCUGGCUGCUGGCUUUCAGUAUUUUUUUGGCUGGUACGAUAUGCUUCCGCCGGUGCUGUCUUGUUUUAGAAUUCGCAUUUUCGUAUCAUCGAUUCGAUUGUACUUUAUAUGGCGUUCGCCAUUCUUUGGUGAGUUUAUGUUUGGUAGUACUUUAUAUGCACUCCUCUUUUCUGCAUCGUGCUAUCACCAUGAUCACCGCCCUCCUCCAGAGCUUCAUAGGGUAGGGUGUACUUGCUGUUUUAGGUCACCAAUGGCCAUGCGCUUCUUCUUCUUUUUCUCUUUUUUUUCGCUUGAGAAUCUGCAUUGCAGUCUGCAAGACUGUUCCGGUAUGUAUUAUUAUUGGUCAUGUCCAACGUUCCUCCUAACCGUUUUAAUUCUGAAAGCUUGGUAUCAUGGUAUCAUUCCGCUAUUCUAAUUGAAAUUGCGAUCCAUGGCAUACCCAUCAUCUCAUCAUUACUUUACUACUGUAUGUUUUUCAUAUAUUUUUUGGAAAGAUGAUUGU